AUGCAGGUUCCGAAUUCCCCUAUAUUCCCGCCUCAACAAUUAACCCUUUCCCCUAACAACAUUCAUGCUUUAUCAUCAAUCGAACCUCAAGAUCAUAUAAUAUCAACUUAUAUCCCUCAACUACCCGACAAACCAUUGGCUCUGACUGCUGGUAUACUGGUUUAUAUAAUCCCUGCUGAAAAGAAUCUUUACGUUCAAGGUUUUCAAGCUCAAGAAUAUUCUGAAAGACCUCCAACUCUUUUAAGAGGUUGUUUAUAUCUUCGGGUAUCAAAACCUUCUAAAAUAAAAUCAAUCACUUUAACCUUCAAGGGAAGUCAAAGAACUGAAUGGCCGGAAGGUAUUCCACCUAAAAAGAAUCAAUUUUCAGAAACUACUGAUAUCAUUAAUCAUACUUGGCCAUUUUUACAACCAGGUUCAAAUUUACCAAAUAAUGGUGCUGAUGUUUAUCGUGAAUUACCCAACUCAGUUUCAAAUGAACAUGAUGUAUCUCAUUUAAGUCUUGGUGAAACUCGUUCAAGAGGUGCUUCACCUCUUCCUCCAAAUUCUGGAAAUGAAUUAUUCCCUACUAUUACCAAUGCAUCAAUUACAACUAAUAACAACAACAAUAAUAAUGGUAAUUUCUUAACUCGAAGUUUAUCACCAGCAACAAAUUUCAUGAGAAGAGCUACUUCUCCAUCAGUUUCAUCUAUGGAUGGUCCUCCUGAUCUUACGGCCGUAUUAUCUCCUUCAACUACAAAUACAAAUUCAAAUUCAAAUGUCAUUGAUGAAUCUAGACCAACUCAUUUCCAACCCGGGGAUUAUAUUUAUAAUUUCGAACAUCCUUUACAACCUUCCAUUCCAGAAUCAUGUAAUGUGACAUUUGGUUCGGUCAGUUAUAGUUUAGAAACAUCAGUCAUAAGGCCUGGUACUUUCAAAUCAAAUUUAAUUGCAAGAAUUCCAAUUGAAAUCAUUAGAACUCCAGCUGAACAAAAUUUAGAAGAAAAUGAAUCCAUCGUUAUAACAAGAGAUUGGGAGGAUCAAUUAAAAUAUGAUAUCGUUGUUGGUUCAAAGUCAAUUGUUUUGGAUUCUUAUUUACCAUUAGCAUUUCGUUUCGUACCCUUAUUUGGUAAAGUUUCCCUUCAUAGAAUAAGAGUUUAUUUAACUGAAAAUUUGGAAUAUUUCUGUCGUAAUAAAAAAGUUCAUCGUUUAGAACCUUCAAGAAAGUUUUUAUUAUUGGAACAUAAAGCAGAAAAGGGGAAAUCAUUAUUAACUGAUGUAACAAGUGAAGGUCACGAAGGUAAUGAUGAAGAAUUCGUUGAUUUAUUACCUAAAGAAUUAGAAUUUCAAGUUUAUGUUCCAAAAGUUUUAAAUGGUAAGACCAAUCAUGAAAUUCAUCCCGAUACAUCUUAUGAUAAUAUUCAAUCUCAUCAUUGGAUUAAAAUUUGUUUAAGAAUAUCAAGAUUAGAUCCAGAAAAUCCAGAAAAGAGAAAACAUUAUGAAAUUUCAAUUGAUUCUCCUUUACAUGUUUUAUCACCAUUAGCAGCUCAUGGAAAUACAUUAUUACCAGCGUAUGAUGAUUUUAUUUCAAGAAAUGAUGAUAAUACAAUUAAUUAUGAAAUCAGUCCUCCAAAUUCACCAGGUGUAAUCCCAAUUGACAAUACUACUCAUCACCAUACCAAUCAAAGUUUCUUAGCAGUGUAUACUCCUACAAAUGCAGGUUCUUCAUUAGAUGAGGUUAUGCAAAGACGUCCAAGAUCAGCCCUGGCUUCACCAUUACCAUUCCAUAGAUUAAACAGUCGUGCCUUUAAUGAAGUUCCAGUGGAUAAUGAUGCUGACAUGCAUUUAGAAGCUAAUCUUUAUAAACCUGAAGAAUUUAAUCCAUUAUUAUCCCCUCAAGCAUUUCCUCAUCCUGGAACUUUCACAUCUCCGCUUAACUCUCCAGUUCAAAGACCAAUUCAUCUUAUUAGAAGACCAUCUAUCAAUCCACCAGCUUUCGAUGCAGAAACUUCUCCACCUCCAGUUAAUGAUAUAGUUGCUCCACCUCCAGCUUAUGAAGAAGAAGAUCCGGCCAUGUCAUUAUCUCCUUUAAGAAUCGACGAGGCUCCUUCACCAAGCAGAAGUAACAGUGAUGAACAUACUACUACUACCAAAUCUACCAACAACUUCAAUAACAAUAUAUAUUCAACUUCAGAAACUCCCGUUAAAGCCUUAUUACAGCAACAAUUGAGAAACAGCAGACCUUCUUUGGAUAGUGGUCAUUCAUCUAGUAAAUCUAACGUUAGUAAAAAGUCACUUGAUUCAAGUACCAGUUUAAAUUCAUCAAAUUCAGCUAAUAAUCAUACUACUACUACCAAUAAUAAUAAUAAUAAUAUGGUUCCAAGUGGUUCCAACUUACUUACCAUACCUGCUGAUGAUGAACAAGAUAUCACUGAUUAUCCAAGUUCUCCAAUCCUACCGCCUAGGACUUUAAGUCCUAGGCGUGUGUUCGAAAAUGAUCAAACUAACGACGAAGAAGAUGAACAAGGCGAUAGUUUUGCACCAAAUUCAGGAUCUGGUUUUCAAACGUCAUCAUCUCGUCGAACAUCAGUGUCAUCAUACACAUCAACUGGGACAGAUAUCCAACCUGUUGAGCAAACGAUUCCGUUAUUGAGUUUAUCAAAUGCCUCAAUUGCUACCAACUUGGCUCAUUCUGAUAAUUACUAUCAACCACAACAUGCACAGGCUAGGAAUGCAUCAUUAUCAUCAUUGUUGAAUGAGGGAGUGUACUUUAGAAGAGGUAGUCAAGUCACCGGUUUAAAUUCCACUAAAAUUAAUGAAUUUAUUGAGGGUGGAGAUUUGGGUGAUGAUAUGUUCAAAAUUAAUGGAAAUUUAUCACAUUUAAGAAAUCCACGAAUUAAGAAACAUUAUCAAGAAGGUGAACAUAUUUCAUCAUUUGUACCUCAUGAAGAAGAAUCAAGUCAACAUAAUGCUCAUGGCGAAGAAGAGGUUGAAGAUCAAGAGAAUGCUGAAGAUGAAACUAUUAAAGAAGAAGAGUCUGAUUCAACUGAUGCCAAUAGCAAUGAUUCCGAUACUACAAGUUCAAACAAAGUAAGACAAAAGAGCUUUGGUGUAAUACAAACACCCACCAGUACCAGUCAAACCAGUGAAGAAGUGGAAUCUUUAGAACAAGAAUUUAUUCAUUCACAUGGUCUUCAGCAUGAUGGUAAUAAACCUACUACCAAUACUGAUGUCAAUACAAAUGGUAUACCGGGAUUUAAUUUCAGUUACGUUAUAGAGUGA